GUGACCCACGAUAAAGAUGGCGUUUAUUAAAGAGGAGAGUGAAGAAAUGAAGACUGAAGAAGCUAGCAGUGUGAAACAAGAAGAUACUGAGGAUCAAACAAAGAUCACAUUCAUUAAAGAGGAGAGUGAAGACAUGAAGAUUGAAGAAACAUUCAGAGUGAAACAUGAAGAUACUGAGGAACAAACAGACCAGAUGCUGCUGAAAGUAGAGAGUCAAGAACUGAAUGAAAUGGAAGAAAAAAAAUCACUAUUUCAUAACUGGAGAAAAAUCUUUUAGUUGUUCACAGACUGAAAAGAGCUCAGCAAAAAAAAGAGCUCAAAAGACAGAAACCCUUAAUCACCAUAGGAGAAUUCAAUCAAAAGAGGACUGUUUUUUAUGUCAGUGUGGAAUGAGUUUUCCAGACAUAAAGCGCCUUAAAAGGCAUGUGAUAUUUUACUCCGGAGAGAAGCCUUUCAAAUGCCAGCAGUGUGAAAGGCGUUUCAGAUUCAAUAAAUACCUCAAGACUCACAUGAGAAUUCACACCGGAGAGAGGCCUUUCACCUGCCAUCACUGUGGAAAGAGUUUCUGUCAUAAAGUAAGUCUCAAGACUCACAUGCUGCUUCACACUGGAGAGAAGCCUUUCACCUGCAAACUGUGUGGGAAGAGCUUCACACAACAAGGAAAUCUUACAUAUCACAUGAUAAGUCACACUGGAGAGAAGCGUUUUAUGUGCUCUCACUGUAGAAAGACUUUCAUUCAUAAAGUAAGCCUCAAGACUCACAUGAGAAUUCACACUGGAGAGAAGCCUUACACCUGCAGCCAGUGCGGAAUGAAUUUUACACAUAAAGAAUCCCUUGGUAUCCACAUGAAAGGUCACACCGGAGAGAGGCCUUACACCUGCAAACUGUGUGGGAAGAGCUUCACACAAAAAGGAAAUCUUAAGACUCACGUGAGAAGUCACUCUGGAGAAAAGCCGUUCGCCUGCCCUCACUGUGGAAAGAGUUUCACACUUAAAGGGAACCUUGAGGUUCACAUGAGACUUCACACUGGAGAGAAGCCUUACAAGUGUCUUCAGUGUGAAGAGAGUUUCACAUAUCACAGAGACCUGAAACAUCAUUUGCAAACGCAUUGUGGAAAGACACAGCUGUGUUCAUCGGUGUGACAAUGGAUUUAGAAAAAGGAGCAAUAUAAAAAUUAAUCUGCACACUCGCUUUGGAUGAAGGCAAUUUAAUUAUGAUCCAUGUAAUAAAACAAUUCUAUCACAUUUAUAGAUACACCUGAAAA